AACAGAUACAUUUUUUAAAUGAAAAGUUACACCUAUCCGGUGGUUGAAAUUUUUCUACCACACAAUUUUCGAAAAUUUUCGAGUACCGAUCCAAUAGAAAUUGAAGAAGAAUUGAAUAAAAAUGUACAGGUGAUGGAUUCUCAACACAGAUUUAUGUGAAAGAUAUGAAUUUCAACUACACUUAUGACGGAAAUAGAGCAAAUCACAGUAUCUGUGAUACACUUGAUGCACUAACUUCACGAGCAGAAGUAGCAGAUACUGACACUAAAAAACAUAUUUUUAAUACGACUUCUACUACUCCUACAGUUGCUUCGACUCCUUCAAAUAAAGCAACUGCCACUACCGAUUCCUGCAGCAGCCACAACACUAUUAACAACAAUCCUACCGAGAUGAACAUGAAUACAGACUGUCAGCGUAAUAACACUCUGAAUCCAAUAUUCAACUUUUGGCGUAAUUCUACCCGACGUUCAGGGAAUUGGGGUAGUCGUACUGGCACUAAGAAAUCAUUUGUAUGGAAGUAUUUUUUCCAUCCAGAAUUACAUAUGGGUACAAAAGAUUUAACGCAUACUCAGUGUAUUCUUUGUGAUAGUCUGUUGGCAUUCAACAAUUCUGGUACAACAACAACAAUGUUAAAUCAUUUAAAAAGUCGACACAGUGAAAUAGUUCAGCAAGAAUAUCAACAAUCAAAAAAAUCUCGUUGCGGUCUGUUAACAUUACGUGAAAUCAAUAAAAUGACUAAAGUGAAUUACAAUUUACUGAAUGAUGAGAAGAAAUUGGUCAAUUGGUCAGUGUCAUCUGCAGCACCAAUUAUCACAACUUCAUCAUCCCCAUUGUGUAAGCGUAAUUAUCCUUUCUUAUCAACAAGACGUGGUCAACGUGGACGACCUCCUGGUUCGUGUAGACAUCUUGAUUAUUCCAUCACUAAUAGUAAAUUAAGUCAAAAUAUGAAUGAUAGUUUAAAUUCUAUGACUAAACUUCAUAAUUCUACUAUUAAUAAUGAUGUACCUUUGUGUCAUUUGUCUGCUGACCAAAUGGAAGCAUGUACAUCAAACUCAUCGUUUAAUUUAGUCAAUGAUAAGUGCAUAUAUUCACCAGAUCUCUUCUGGACAGUUUCAAAUGAAUUUUCCACAUUGAAUAAUCCAAAGUUAAUAAAUACAACAUUGCCAGAAAUGGUGAAUAGUGAAUCAACACCACCCAAUGAAGCAAUGCGUACACACAUGCCAGUAUCAACCACAUUCACUUCAGGACUAGGCAAUUUUAGUUUACAUAAUCCACUGCCUAAUUCAUCGAAUUCAGAUAAAGGAUUAUUUUCUGAAUUAUUUACAAAUUAUCUUUCAUCGUUAACGUACAACUUUUCGAAUAUGCAAUUGAAUCUAUCAGAAUUAGCUAAUUUAUACUUGACUGAACUUUACAAACAAGUUAACUAUCAGUCAUCAAUUCCAGUCAAUACUAAUGAAAACUUAAAUUCAUGCUCUCAUAAAUCUUCAAUGAAUGAUUUUACCACCCCGUUAGAAUUAUCCUCAAAUGAUACAUUUAAACAAAAAGUUACUGUGAAUGAAAAUGAAUUACAAAACGACCGAUUAAAGACAAUUAUGAAUAGCAAAUAUUCGAAUAACUCAUCAUAUCCAUUAACAGAUCUUUCUAUAAAGUCUAGUCAACCAGUAUCUGCAAUGUUUAAUACAAUGGAUAUGAACGAACCACUUGAUCUAAGCUUCAAUACAUACAGACAGCAAUGUCAGCAACAAGAAAAAAUGAUAGAAAAUUUGUAUAUUACAUCGUGUAAUAAAAAGUCGCCAUCUAUAAUGGAUGGCUAUGAUAACAGUACUACAGACGAAAAUGGCAGUUCAGCAUCUGCAGAAUUUGCUCCAAAUGAAGACUUCUAUCAAAAAUCUCCGAAACAAAUUUCAGACUGUUUAUUAUCGAUGAGUGAAAAUCCUGUUAAUCAAAGAGGCUGCGCAAGUUCAGAGACACAGCAUAAUGAAUCCAAAUCAGAGCAGCUCAGCUUUAUUCCCUGGCACAACAUAUCAACUUCAAAUGUUUCUACCAAAAGUGAAGCUGCCGACAACCAACAUGACAAUAACCAAUUUCACCGUUUGAAAUCAGAAAUGAGUGAAUGUUUCAUGUGUUCUACUCCGCGUUUAACCAACGCCUAUUCACCAUCUCAUUUUUGUUCUUCAUGUGAAGAAUUUCAUCAUCGUCUAGCUUACUUCCUAAUAACAGAUUUUCAUCCACCCAGCAUUCUAGACGAAGAAGGCUUCAAGAUUUUAAUUUCAAUACUGUGGGAUAAAUUUCGGAAGGCGAAUGAAAAUAUCAAUUAUAAUUUGGAGUUCAAUUUCCUACCGUCUUCACAUUUAAUGGAAAAUAAAAUAUUAACUCAUCUUUAUCAAACAACAAGAUUACGAAUUGACAAUAAGAUAAAAAAUACAAUUAGAUUGCAAUAUUCAAAAGAGUUAAUUAACAUUCCAAAUAUUAACAUUUUUCUGAAGUUUUGGUCUUUAAGCCAACCGAAUAAUUUGAGCAAAUUAUCCUUUGAAUAUGUUGAUGUAGAACUACAUUUCUGCGCAAAUAUUAAACAUACUUAUAAGAGAGAUAAUAUAUUCUAUGGUACUUUUGAAAUAACUGAAAAUCAGACGAUAAGCAAAAUUCUGGAACCCUGUUGGAACUUGCUUUGUUCAAGCUUUGAUUCACAGUAUACUCAAAUUUUAUCAGAAUGGCCUUUCAUUAUAUUAACAAACUGUUCCGAAUAUGUGCUAUCAAAUCUUAAAGAAUCUUUUCUAAUUUCAAAAUGCAUUAUCUUACCAUGUGUUGAUGCUCAUAUGAACAAUGCUGCCCAAUGCGCACUAUGUUUACCACCGAUAAAGAUUUUUCUAAGAAAUCAACACAGUGUACGUCAGAAGUUAGACAGAAACGUGGAAAUGAUAAAUAAAUCAGCUUCACAAACCAAUGAUAUGAAACAGCAGACAGAUGAAACAAGUCUAACAACAUGUCUACCGAACGUCUUGAAUCUGAUUAAAUGGACGCAGUCAAGCCUUCAUUUAAUACUUGAUUUUAACGAAUUGGAUCUAAAGCUGGGGAAUAGGAUCGUGGAAUUAAUUGAGGUUGUACAAAAAGCAGAAAGAAUUUGUGGACGGAAAUUAUUAUCCUUCACUGCAUCAAUGAUUCGACCAAUGCUAGGAAAUUUAUAUUCAAUGCACACAGAAGGGAUAAGUGAAGAUCUGUCGGAUCAAUUUUAUGCAACUAUGAUUAACUACUUGAAAACAACCUAUAAUGGAAAUAAUCUGUUGAACGAGUUUCUUAUCAUCUCAACAUUUCUUGAUCCACGUUUUAAGCGUUCAUUAAGUAAGGGUGAAUGUGAAACAGCCGUAAAUAUCUUGAAAACAAAAUCAGGCAAUACUGUUUGCAUUGUUUCAUUGACAGAUACAAUCCCUUGAUACUUACAACCAAAAACUGGGAAUAAAUUCAGAAAUAAAUUAUACAGAAGAAUUUGAACACUUCAUUAGUGAGUACUUAAAUGAGAAAUCUACUGAUAUUAACGAAAAUCCCCUGGAAUGGUGGAAUAAUCAAAGUGAAAGAUCAGAAAAGUAUGAUAUAUUCAAGAGUUUGGCAUUAUAUUAUCUAUCGGUUCCAGUGAACGCGUUAAAUCACAAUGAAGAUGAUAAUUGUAGAAAUUAUUCGAAUAAACAGACUGUAGAUGCUCUCUCUACACAACCUGAAAAAUUAUUCAACAAUCGGAAUUCUACUGUACAAACAAACUUAAUGAAUCAAGACACCAGAAAUGAAAUAUGCCAAGAAAAAGAAUCAUGUGUACAUUUCAAUCAGUACUAUCAACCGGAUCAUUCUAUUGAACUAUGGUCUCGUAUUGGAAGAAAAUUUAUUCCUAUUUAUAGGUUCUUAAGGAAAAACUGGGACGUUGUUGACAAACAUGAUGAACAGAGUGAUGAAAAUGUGCACAUGUGAAUUAUCUCACAAGGAAAGCAUUCAGAGGAAUUUAUUUGUACCAGAUGCAGUUGACUGACAAACAAAAAUACUGUACUACCAAUGAUGCAGUUUAUAAAGAAAUUGCUUCUUUUUUUAUUAUUUGUUUUAGGAAGAAUAUAUACUUCUUUUAUUAAUCUUAUAUUACACUGUCGGACAAUUGAGAUUAAAAAGUAUUACACAACGCGUAUUCUCUUCUAUUGUGUGUGUUUUUUUUUACAGAUAGUAAAAAUACUGAGAAGAAAUAUUGUAUUUCAUUACCCUAUAGAAAUUAUGAUAUUCAUUAAACACAGACCAAUUUCCAUAUCACAUUGUAAUUAAUCCAAAAAGAGAGAAACAAUAACUAUAAGACUUUUAAAAACAAAGAGUACAAAAGAUAACUGAUAAAAUCUACACAAAAAAAAUAAAAAAUAAAAAUACAGAAAUAAUAUUCAAAACAUAUUCAUAACAUAAUAUUCAUUAUGUGGAACUGCAAGUUUCACCAUUGUUUUGUUUUUCUUGGUGUAUUCUGACUCUCUUCUAUGUUCAUUCACAUUUUCAUCAUAAAUCAGUAAUUACUCAUUGUCAUUGUGUAAUACUAAUAAAAAUUCCCUCAAAAGUGAAUUA